UUAAUAAAGGCUGAUCAUGAAUUUAUCAUAGUGCAUAUGGUUAGAUUUAAGUGAAUUUAAACUCUCAAUUUUCGAUGGGAUCCUGUUACACCUUUCCUAUGGACGAAUAUGGUGUGCUUAACUGGAUAGGUACAAACUUCUCUUGAGGUGGCUGAAAGAUAUAAAGAGCUCAACUUCCAGAGUUCCUUUCCUGCCCAUAGCGACGAGACACACACAAGCACAGAAGAGAGAGGAGGGGGGUUGAUCCGGAGCUAGAAGAAGAGCGAAUAUGGAGUCGGUGAAUGAUGAUGGCCGCAUAAGAACAGGAACUGUGUGGACAGCAACAACGCAUGCAAUUACUGCUGUCAUAGGAUCAGGUGUACUGGCGUUGCCAUGGAGUGUAGCACAACUGGGCUGGAUCAUUGGCCCUCUUGCUCUCAUUGCUUGUGCCUAUGUGACUUACUACACUGCCAUUCUACUUUGUGACUGCUAUCGAGCUCCUGAUCCAGUCCAUGGAAGGAGAAACUACACAUACAUGGAUGUCGUGCGAUCAUGCCUCGGGCCCAGAGAUGUAUUUAUAUGUGGUCUUGCGCAGUAUGCGAUGCUUUGGGGAACUAUGAUUGGGUACACAAUAAUUUCUGCAAUGAGCAUAGUAGCUGUUGCGCGUUCAAACUGCUUCCAUCGCAAGGGGCAUGAUGCAAGUUGCCAUGCAUCAGGAACCUCAUAUAUGAUCGUAUUUGGCUCGGUUGAAAUUGUGCUAUCCCAAUUCCCAAACUUGGAGAAGAUUACCUUAAUUUCGGUGGUCGCCGCCAUAAUGUCGUUUGCAUACUUGUUUAUCGGGUUGUUCUUAUGCAUAUCAAAGCUUGCUUCUCACGGUUCAGUUGGAGGUACGAUUUUGGGAGUUAAGGUUGGGAUUGAUGGUGUCUCUGCAACAACCAAGACAUGGGACUCAUUACAAGCUCUUGGAAAUAUAGCUUUCGCAUACACUUACGCCAUGCUUCUUGUAGAAAUCCAGGACACUGUGAAAUCUCCCCCACCUGAGAACCAGACAAUGAGGAGAGCAAGCUUGUACGCAAUUGGAGUGACGGCAGCCUUAUAUAUUUCACUUGGUUGCAUAGGGUAUGCAGCCUUAGGCAAUGGCACUCCUGGAAACAUCCUCACUGGAUUCUAUGAGCCCUUUUGGCUGGUGGACAUUGGCAACAUUGCAGUCGUCAUUCAUCUAGUUGGAGCCUAUCAGGUGUAUGGGCAACCGAUCUUUGCCAAGUAUGAGGAAUGGCUUGCGAAGAAAUGGCCAGAAUCAGCCUUCUUCCACAAUGUGUACACAAUACCUCUAUCCUUCUCCAAAGGCUGGACCUUUCGGUUCACACCGUGCAAGCUCGUCCUUCGAUCGGGCUUUGUCGUGUUAACAACGUUGAUAGCACUGAUGCUGCCCUUCUUCAAUGCAAUUGUUGGACUGCUUGGUGCAAUUUCCUUCUGGCCACUGACAGUGUACUACCCGGCGACUUGUUACAUGGCUCAAGCCAAGAUCAAGCGAGGAGAACUGAAGUGGGUGGUGCUCCAGUGCAUGAGCAUGGUUGCACUCCUUGUCUCGCUCCUCGCCGCCGUCGGGUCGGUCGCAGACAUUGCUCAACGUCUCAAGCAUGUAACAUUGUUUAAGGCCGAGUUGUAGGUGGCAUUAUGCUGAAUAUACUAAGUCAUGGAUCUCAAUUUCACUGGAGUUUGUAUGAGGACUCUGGUUGUAAGAAAGUGCUGGUGUAGGCUCGGCAAUUUCGAUCAGUAUCUAGACCGCAGAAGAUGGUAAUUUUAAAUGAAAAAAGAUAAAUAUAUCUAGAUGAUUUUUCUUCUUUUUUAUUUUUUCUUUUGAGCAGAAGUGAUGUGUUAACCACCUAAUUUGUAAAGGAAAUAACAGACCUAUGAAUUUAUUCUA